CUGCUAUAAAAGCUCCUCGAGUCAGUCCUCUUAACAACUGUCACUGAAGUGAUGGCUGUUGUUUGGCUCGUGGUUGUUUUGGUGCAUGCCGUCUUGAUGGAUAAAGGCCUUUGUUUUACAGCUGGGGUUAAACAAGGUCCAUCCAAUGCUCUGGUUCAAAAAGGUGUUCCAGGACAAAUGGGACUUGAUGACGAUGUGAGCGACAAUGUGAAGAACGACUUCUUCGGCCACAACAUGAGCGGCAAGGGCCAACAGAACGACUCCUACAGCCACAAGAGCGGCAAGGGCCAAAAGAACGACUCCUUCAGCCACGACCAGCCGAGCCAUAACAUGAGCGGCAAGGGCCAAAAGAACGACGCCUUCAGCCACGACCAGCCGAGCCACAACAUGAGUGCCAAGGGCCAAAAGAACGACGCCUUCAGCCACGACCAGCCGAGCCAAAACAUGAGCGGCAAGGGCCAAAAGAAUGACACCUUCAGCCACGACCAGCCGAGCCACAACAUGAGCGGCAAGGGCCAACAGAACGACUCCUUCAGCCACGACCAGCCGAGCCACAACAUGAGCGGCAAGGGCCAAAAGAAUGACUCCUUCAGCCACGACCAGCCGAGCCACAACAUGAGCGGCAAGGGCCAACAGAACGACUACUUCAGCCACGACCAGCCGAGCCACAACAUGAGCGGCAAGGGCCAAAAGAACGACGCCUUCAGCCACGACCAGCCGAGCCACAACAAAGGCGGCAAGGGCCAAAAGAAUGACGCCUUCAGCCACGACCAGCCGAGCCACAUGAGCGGCAAGGGCCAACAGAACGACGCCUUCAGCCACGGCCCGCCGAGCCACAACGUGAGCGGCAAGGGCCAAAAGAACAACGCCUUCAGCCACGACCAGCCGAGCCACAACAUGAGCGGCAAGGGCCAAAAGAACGACGCCUUCAGCCACGACCAGCCGAGCCACAACAUGAGCGGCAAGGGCCAACAGAACCACUACUUCAGCCACGACCAGCCGAGCCACAAUAUGAGCGGCAAGGGCCAACAGAACGACGCCUUCAGCCACGACCAGCCGAGCCACAACAUGAGCGGCAAGAGCCAAAAGAACGACGCCUUCAGCCACGACCAGCUGAGCCGCAACAUGAGCGGCAAGGGCCAACAGAACGACUCCUUCAGCCACGACUAGCCGAGCCACAACAUG